AUGGACAAGUUUCUCUUAAAAGAUGGUAGUUCGGUGACUGGAAUAGCAAAAGCAAAGGUUGAGACCGGUAUAAAGAUUUGUGGAGCCACAUCUGGUGUUGUUGAUGAUGGUGUUAUAGAAUGGAUCGAUUGGGAAUGUAAAGUUGACGGCGAAAUAAAAGAGAAUCAAAUCAAGUUCACUCCCGGCCUACAGCAUGGUGAUUCUGGCUCACUUCUUGUUGAUAGUUCGAAUAAUAUGGCUGUUGGUCUUGUUUUUGCUGGAUCUACGAAGGGUGACGCAUCCUUCGCCAAUCACAUUGAUGAUGUCUUAGAUGCAUUAGAG